GUAGCCUUUUCCGGGUUUUCCUUUUCCCCUCCAAUUCCCUUGCAAGAAGAGCAACUGCGCUCUCUCCCAAAUUAGCUCCGUUUCCCCUCACUCACACUCAGGCCAUCAAAGGCUCGGGCGGGACUUUGAGCUAGCUCAGAAAGACUGGAUAUCGCUCUACCAAUUAGUUCAAUCCCAGGUAAGUCGUUCGUCUCCUUCACUGACUGGAGUCCUUCUCAUCAGUCAAACUCCCGCGCUUACACAAGCGAUUUCCAGCGUCAAUGAAUAUCUCAUGCGACUUUUCGUUUUAAUGGCGUUCCCGAAAUUUGAUUAUACGAAUAUUUUGCUGCUGCAUAUGCUAAGAAGUUUCAAUCUGUUGGUGGGCUUCUUGGAAUUGUUGGGUACUGUCGAGUUUCAGAUAUAAUGGGCAUUAGAAAUGAACUCUAUCUAUCUAUUUUGUCCAAGAGUUUUCCGCAAAGUAUCGUACUUUUUUUGUAUUUCUCGGGAAUUGUGUGACCACACCUUCGAUGGUCAUAAGGUUGAUGAUGGGUUUAGAUUAAUUGAGGAGCCCUUGAAAGGAAUGUGGAGAUGUUCAGAUUUUGAUCCCGUUUCAGAUGAAAAGCCCACUGCCAAUGAGUAUGAAACACGUGCCCGUCAUUUAUCAGCGAGGCAGGGUUUUUUUUAUAAUGUAAAGAUUGAUGCUAGGAGGGUUCUUGAAGUUCUCGAGCAAGAUGGUCCCGGAUUUGAUACGAAAUUGGCUCUAAACGAGUUGUCUAUAAGGCUUUCAGGGCUUCUCGUGAGGGAAGUUCUGUUGGGAAUUUUGAGGAAUGUAAAUUAUGCUAAUAAGCUGCGGUCUGCGAAAUUAGGGUAUAAGUUUUUUGUGUGGUCUGGUCAACAGGAGCAUUACAGGCAUACUGCGAAUUCUUACCAUUUAAUAAUGAAGAUAUUUGCAGAUUGUGAGGAGUUUAAGGCAGUGUGGAGGAUGGUUGACGAGAUGAUUGAAAAUGGGUUCCCAACUACAGCUCGAACAUUUAACAUAUUGAUAUGUACUUUUUGUGGGGCAGGAUUGGCAAGGAAAGUUGUGGAGAGGUUCAUCAGAUCAAAGACAUUUAAUUAUAGGCCAUUUAAACAUUCAUACAAUGCAAUUCUAGUUUCUCUUCUCACCGUAAACCAGUACAAGUUGAUUGAGUGGGUGUAUCAACAGAUGUUACGUGAGGGUCAUUCUCCGGAUGUUCUAACUUAUAAUGUUGUCAUGUGUGCAAGGUAUAGGUUGGGGAAGUUGGAUCAGUUCCAUCGACUGCUUGAUGAAAUGGGUAGAAGUGGAUUUUCUCCAGACAUUCAUACAUAUAAUAUCCUUCUUCAUGUUCUAGGAAAAGGAGAUAAACCGCUUGCAGCUCUUAAUCUUUUGAAUCACAUGAAAGAAUUGGGUUUUUACCCAAGUGUUCUUCACUUCACCACAUUGAUAGAUGGACUUAGCCGGGCUGGAAAUUUGGAUGCCUGCAACUAUUUUUUCGGUGAAAUGAUAAAAAAUGGGUGUAUGCCAGAUGUGGUUUGUUACACUGUGAUGAUCACGGGAUAUAUUGUGGCUGGGGAGCUUGAAAAAGCUCAGGAAAUGUUUGAUGAGAUGAUAAUCCAGGGACAUCUUCCAAAUGUAUUCACAUACAAUUCCAUGAUUCGUGGGCUUUGUAUGGAGGGGAAAUUCGAGGAUGCAUGCUCAAUGCUCAAGCAAAUGGAAUCUAGAGGUUGUAAUCCAAAUUUCCUUGUGUACAGCACCUUAGUGAGUAAUUUGAGAAAUGCUGGAAAGCUUUCUGAAGCUCAUGAAGUAAUAAAACAUAUGGUGGAGAAGGGGCAGUAUGUCCAUCUUCUCUCGAAGUUCAAGAAAUAUAGGAGAUGCUAAAGCAGUAAAAUAUUUAACUGGAGAUCAUUCUCUUGUAACCUCAUACAGACAUAACUUAUUCAUCCAGCGAUAAUUUUGAAGACACAACAAGAUUCUAUCUCCUGCAUGCAGAUAUGUCACCAAUUCCACCAAAAACACCACGAUAAUUUCAAGCCAAUGCUGAAUUUUCCAGUGGCAACAACUAUGUCAUGAUUGGCUGAUUCCUGCAAUCCUGAAGUAAGCACAUGUCUGCGGAGAAUUUUGAAAUCUGUGAUGUAGUUAUAUUCUGGUUAUUGCUUUGCAUAAGCAUUUUUUCUAA